CGGGGCUGUACAGACGUUCACAGCUUGUUGUCCUGCCCACUCCCUUUGUGCGCUGGUUUUCGGCUUUGUGAAGCCGUCCGCCAGCACCGAAGGAACACGCCAGUCAUGGGUGUCCCUCCAGUGCUCGGAGACUUCUUCGACAGACGACGACCAGCACACUGGCGCAGCACGCACUCAUGCACCAGACAAUGUAUCAGCCAUCAAAGCUCCUGUCCCCGUCCGCCUCACCUCCGCCAAAAAGUGACGUUGUCCAGUCACAUGUACGUAUCGCAUCCAUCCGUCAAACACCGUUCGCAGUCGGUGUGCCGGCCUUCUCGUUCGCCAUGCCAUAGGCCACCCAGGAAGGAACACACAUGUGAUGAGCGUUCCGCCCCAGGUGACCACCAGCACACCCAACGCGAAGACCCAGCACAGGGGUAAGCAACACAUUAGAUGGGCAUUGCUUGCGACGGAACACCAGAACCCUCUUCCAAGUCAGACAGCCCGUCUGUCUGUGUGCCUUCAGCAACAACGCAUCCAGACUAAGAGCCAAAACGAGCUUGUGGCAUUGUCGUCGUGGCUAUCAGUCAGGGCGCAUCGCCGCAUCAGGCACACCAGACAGAUAGACAGACAGACAGACAGAGAGCAACGCUUUGCUGGCUGCCACAACACAGACCACCACCAUUCUGAACCCAUCUCGCUGCUCACAGCCGCACCACCGCAACCAAAAAGCCCCUUGACAAAGAAAGCAGCACACACCACACCCACGCACACGAAGCCCUCCCUCACUUUCUCUUGUCGUCCUCAUAGACCGCAUCCCCCUCGCCACCCCCACCACCCCUCCUGGCCACCGCACGGGGCCGCCCGCCUCUCUUGUCGUUUGUGUGGAGGGGCAGGCGUGUGUUGCGGGGCAUCAGCAGCCGCAUGCUGUAUCCGUGGGGCCAGGCGGGCUUGAGUGACAGGCAGCAUGACAGAAGGAAGGGGAACAGGAGACCCCCAGCCACAAGGAUGGACAGAGUGAGCGCCGCCGCGUAGAGGACCUGAUGAGACACACACAUGCACAAACACACCCCAGCCUCCUGCAGAAACUGUGUGUGUGUCUAUCUGGCUGUCAGCUUACGUGUGGCGUGGUCCACACAAUGGGCUGUGGAUCCGUCGCCAUGAGCGCCUUGAGCACCCGCCCAUGGCCGGCAUAGCUCUCCUUGCCGCCGCCCGUGUCGGUCGUCAUGAAGGCGACACAGACGAACACCGAGCCGAAGGUCGCCAUGUGCCCCAUGUUGAAACCAACACGAUAGCCGCUCACCCCAUCCGGCGCACUGGCCACCGCCAUGGCGGGGGGGAGGGCGGCAGCGUAUGAGGGGUGGACAGCUGGGGGAGUGUCGAGAUCGAGGGAAGGAGGGGUCGCUGCUGCUGCUGCUGCUGCUGUUCUCAUUGUGGCAUUGGUGCUGUUGGGCUGCACGAGCGACUGGAGGAAGGACAGCUGCUGCUUGAGCAGCUGGUUCUCCGCGCGUAGAGAGGUCGCCUCGUGGCGAAGAGCUUCGACCUCCUGAGAAGAACGAGGCGCAUGAAGGCACAUCCAUCCAUCCAUAGUGAGAAGGUGAGUGUGGUUUGCCCUGCUUGCUGUUGCCUCACGUACGUGUUCGAGUGACGUGUAGUACUCCUUCUUCUUCGCACGGGAGCGCACAGCCGACGCCCUGUUCUGAUCUGCAGACACAACACAACAACAGUCAGACAGACCAAGAAGCCCUCCCUUCCGUUCCUCCGUCAUGUCAUUGUCACCUCGUUUCCUCUGUUUCUUGAUCUCAUCCACGUUCCUCCCUCCACCCGCAGCCCCUCUGGCGGUGCCCCUCUUGAGCACCACCGCCCUGUCGGCCCUGUCCGACGACUCCUCACUAACACUCACCGCCGGACGACCACCACCAUAGCCAUCGAACAUCUGCAGAGCAGGGCUGUGCUGCCGGCUGCUCGCCGUCGCCGUGGGAGCAUAGUGUGUGGUGUUGGUGUUGGCCGUCAGGCUCCGCCCCCCCUGGCUGUGCGGCGAGGGGUUCUCGGUGGUGUGCAUCAGGCUGCUGGGUGGCGCGUUGGGCGCAAGCCCACCGCCUGACAGUGUGUGGGUGAGGUGGCUCAUGACGUCGUCGUGUGGAAAUGCCGAUGCUGAGGGAGGGCGUGAGGGCAGGUUGAGGAAGGAGUCGGGGUCGAUGAAGUCAUUGGGGUCGUCGGACGGCAGGGCGGGAGGCAGCAGAGGGAUAUGGCUGCCUGUGAGAUGGUGGUAGUGCAUAGGGCUGUCAUCUUCGUCCAUCAUGGCUUUCUAACACGAUGACGUGUCGCUGACGUCAUCCAUCUUAGUUCCAGGGUUUAGGGUUUGGGCGAGCUCAACCCUAAACGAAGACUCCGGGCUCAAAAGUGGGACCUCAUGUGCGCUCCACGUGUUGGCCCGACUCCUGGCGUGUUGGUCCGACUCCUGGACGUAUUUUUCUUUGUGACUCUUUUGGCCGUCCUCAUCGCCGUCACAUACUUGUCCUGUACGCGAGAUGCUGCUGCUGUACCCUCAGACCACCAACUGCUAUUGAAGGCGGCAAGAGAAUAUCUCGAGAGUGUGGUGAAGUUGAGGGACGUGCUGAGGGACGUGGGCUCGGCAACCUACGCCGACGGGACGGAUGCGAUGCCUGCAGUGCAGAAGGUGUUGCUGGCUGCGGAGGAUGCCAUACCGCUUAUACAGAACGCGACGUGGGUUAUAGGGAACCACACUACGCGAUGACUG